AUGGCCAGCCACCAUGGGACCAGCGACUCGGACAAUAUCGAUGUCUGCAAGCGCUGUCUAGGUAUCAACUGGGAAGCGAUAGCACGAGGCCAACCUCAAGAGUCGCCCAUCAUGGAAUUGCCGGAAACACACGAUGAAUUAUCCAAUUCGAAAUGCCGCAUAUGCCGAAUCCUCGCAACAAUCAAACCGAGUUCGCUCGAUGGGACACCCUGCUCAGUUCAAACCUACUCUGCUAGGGCAAUGUCAUACUCCAGGAGUUCUGAGAGCUCCAACCUACGCGACAGCAUCCUUCUGGGCGUAAAUGCCCAAAGGGGAAGUCCUUUCGUCGGAAUAACUUGUAACAGCCUUGAGUCUGACUUUGGAGUUAGACAAAUACAGGCUAAUGCAGUUGACUUUGACUUCUUGAAGGAAUGCUGGCAUUAUUGUCAAAAUUCCCACAGCUUUGUGUGUGCUACCACCACAGCCGACUUUCAUCCUACAGAGAGACCAAACAUAAGGGUCAUCGAUUGCAAGUCUCCAAGCUACGAUGUCAUCUCCGCUUCUGAGCAGACCCAGUAUGCCGCCUUGUCAUAUGUAUGGGGUGACCCAAACCCACCAAAAUACCCUCGAUUCACGCAAAUAGUGAGAGAUGCAAUACAGGCUACUCUGGCAAUGGGACUCGAGUAUUUGUGGGUUGAUCAAUAUUGCAUCAAUCAGGACGAUGAGUCGGACAAACGUGACCAGAUUUCGAAGAUGGAUAUCAUAUACUCCCAUGCAGCCAUCACGUUCAUCAAUGCGGCUAGCGAGCCCCAAAAACAUGGGCUUCCUGGAAUCAGCACCAUCAGCCGAACCCAGCAGCUCCAGGAGACAUUCAAGAACGUUGCCUUCAUACAAUGCUUCCCCGACAUUUCGACCAUGGUCAAAGCCUCGCCAUGGUGUACCCGCGGCUGGACUUUCCAAGAGGGGUUUUUUGCACCUCGACGCGUUAUCUUUACAGAGUAUGGGACCUCGUAUCUUUGCCAUCGGAUGCACUGCCUCGAGUGGAAGCGGCAACCGGUGGACGAUAUCACUGCAGAGUCAUUGACCCCGCUUAAGGGUAUCGUGCCAAUGGCCGCGAGUAUAAGUACGAAGACUUUACAGCUAGAACUCGACUGGAAAUCGGCUGCAGAUUGGAUACCCGAGUACACUAAGCGAAGGUUCACGCAUUCAUCAGAUGCCUUGAAUGCCUGUCGGGGCAUACUUAACUACUUCCGCGGUUCAGAAGACCCCGCAUAUUCCAUUUGGGGAGUUCCCAUACCAUAUGUUGCGUCGGAUAGUUAUGUAUUCGAGCUGGCAUGGCGACACGACUCCCCGGCAAUAAGAAAUGACGCCUUCCCCAGCUGGUCGUUCCUUGGUUGGCAAGGACCUGUUACCACGGGAACUAUACGUGUGUUGCCCGAGACAUUAUAUCUUGGGGACUACCAAGAACCGUUUUUGGAAGUCAAAGUUGUUGAACGUGAGUUGGGAGAUCGAAGAAUCUUGCAAGAAGAGAACGAUUGCCGUCUACGAUAUCUGCACUUCAAGUCCAAAGUUAUCUAUUUGUCGUUGAUACACAAUGACUGGACAACUGAGCAGAUGAACCAUCGUACAUCUGUCCGCUACCUUACAUUAAAGGGUGUCAAGUCGGUUUCCCUGGAUCUUAUUCCUGCAGGCACACAUGCAUCAUUGAGGCUCGCACCGAACCUCUAUAUGCUCACCUAUGUCAAUUACGACCGCAAGUCUCCCGGGCGCUUGGGAAACAUUGGUAUCAACCUGAGUCCCUACUCAACCGGCGCGGGCCCUUCUUGGGUCUUCUUCGGCAUUCACCUUCUACUACUCGAAGAUCACGGGGGGCUCUAUGAGAGGGUUGGCGUGACAAAGUUCUCCCUGAGAAGCGAUCCCAAUACUCGAGUAGCCUUCACAAACGCUGCUGGUGAGCUUCUGGAGAAAGUGGAUUUGACAACCAUCGUGCCUCAUUUCCUAACGGAGGCAGAAGAACGGACUGUUGUCAUUAGUUAG